AAGGCCUGAAUCUCCUGAAAACAAUUCUGCCCGUUGAUGCGUUUGGAGGAAAUGGUGAUGAGGGCCCAGCAGUGUUCAUCACAGAUGAUUGUUCAUCUGAGAGGAAGGCUAUCCAUGCGGUCUUCCCGAAGUCCACGCUUCUUCUUUGCACAUUUCACCUUUUGCAAGCUGUCUGGCGAUGGCUGUGGGACAGCAAGCAUGGAAUCAGUAAAGAUCACCGCCAGAGCUUAUUUCUGCAUGUGAAGCAGAUGAUGUAUGCCAAGGACACGCACACAGUUGAAGAAGCAUACAAUCAUGCAAAGAGUGAUCCGACUGUUGUACGGUACCAUGGGUAUGGAGCAUACCUUGAAUCCCUAUACGAGAGACGACAGGUGUGGGCCCAGGCAUUUAGAUUGGGGCUUCGGAUUCGGGCCAAUCAAACAAACAAUUAUGCUGAAGCUGCCAUGAGGGUCCUAAAGGAUUCCAUCCUUCAACGUUCCAAAGCCUUCAAUGUGCCGCAACUGGUAGACUUCAUCCUCUGUAGGCUUGAAGGCUUUUACCAGAGAAGACUUCUGGCAGUUGUGAACCAACGGCCAUUGAAGUGGAGAAUCGAACGUCAUAGCGGAUUGAACAUCAGCAAAGACGACAUUUCCAAAACUGGGGAGAGUACCUACCAGGUCACAAGCCAGAGUGAUCGUCAAUGUCAUUACACUGUUGACAUGGCUGUUGGUGUGUGUUCGUGCCAUGAAGGGGUCACCGGGGGUGCCUGCAAACAUCAAGGGGCCAUUGUGAGGCACUUCAAAGUGGCAUCAAACAACUUCCUUCCAACAUCUGCUUCUGAAAGGACAUUGUUGCUAAGAAUCGCGACUGGACGUGAUGACAGUGUUCCAUCAGGAUGGCUGGACCCUCUUCAAUCUUCAGAGCCCAUGGCAGAAGAUGCGCCACCACCUCAACUGAAUGACACAUCACUAGCCACAGAUCAUAGUGGACUGCAAGAUCCCCAACUUGUUCAUGUAGACAGUCUACGUGCUCAAGGAGACUUGCUUAAUGCAUUUGACAGACGUCUCCAUGGCAACAUAUCCAUCUCCAAUUCCCAAUGUAAGUAUAGCUUUGUUUUCUUAAUUAUCGUUAAGUUCUUAAACAUGACACUGAAUUAAAAGCACUGAGUCUACAGGGAGAAACAUCGCCAUUUGAACACAGGUCAGAAGUCAAAGUAUGACAAUUUGUUAAAAUGGUUCUUCCACAUUUGUAAACAGUGUCUUUAACAAAUGGGGUUAACACUGUUCUCCAGUUAUUUAGCUAUAUGACAAAAGGUGUUCCAUCUGUAGGGAUUGUUUAUGACAAGAUACUGUACUGCACCAUAAUAUAGACCAAGUAAUUGAGCUCAAUUCUAUGUUUGCUCUUUUGUUGGUAUCAUUUAUGUAAAAAAAUCAGAUAAACUGUACAUACCAAUUGAAAGAAAAAAAAUUACAGUUAAGGUUUAGAUGAAUAACAAGUGUUUUCUUGUUAUGUCUUUGCAUGAUGUCAUAUAUGUAUGUACACAAACACCAUUGAUGAAUGUAUGUUGAAUUCAUGAAACUGUCAUUAUUGUCAUACAUACAUGUACUGACAUGUUAUGGACAUGUCAUAUCUUACCAGCAUGAACUGUUUUCCAAAUGCAGAUCAUUACAUGUGUAUCUCUUCAAAAUGGAAUUAAGAGCUAUGACAUCAUCUGUUUCAUAUUGCCUGACAAGUGUUUUUAAUUUGCAUGGUAUUUUCUUGUAUUUCAUCCAUGUGCAUGAUCUAACUCUUUACAUUAUUUGUUUUCAUGUUUUAUUCUAACAUGACCACUACAUGUACAUGUACAACCUAAACAUUGUAUAUGAGGGAAUGCUUGGAUAUCCUCUGAGCACAUAU